AUGAGAUACUCAAGCAUCCUCCCAGCCCUCUUUGCGGCUUCCGUUCUGGCUGCUCCAGUGGCUAAGCCUGGCACCGAGGAAGAGUCCGUAGACGCAGCUUUCGUCAACGUCGCUUACUACGGCUUGAAGGAGCGCGAGGCUGAGGCUAAGCCAGAGGAUGAGUCUGCUACAGUCGAUGCGGACUUCGUCGGCAUUGUGUACAACGGGCUGAAGAAGCGCGAAGAAGCUAAGGAAGAUGUCGACGCAGCUUUUGUCAACGUGGCCUACUUCGGAUUGAAGGAACGUGAAGCCGCCGAGGCUGCUGCAAAGGCGAAGCGUGCCGAGGACUCUGAGUCGACCGACUCCGCUUUUGCCAACGUUGCAUAUAUCGGCUUGAAGGAACGUGAGGCAGCCGAGGCAGCUAAGCGUUCUGAGGAGUCUGAGUCGACCGACUCAGCUUUCGCGAAUGUUGCAUACAUUGGAUUGAAGGAAAGGGAGGCCGAGGUCCAGGCAUAA